AUCGACGGACAGAAACAGGAAGAAAGGGAGCGAGACAGCCAAAUAGAAAGGAGGAAGGCGGUUGUUUGUUUUGUUGCCCUAACCCUAACUUCCUCUCUGCAAUUCCUCCCCAAAAAAAAAAAAAAAAGGGUUCCUCUCUACCAUUUUCCUUCCGCCGAUUGCUCCCCCGAUCCCCCCACCCCCCUCUAAUUCGGCGUCCCUUCAAAUCCGUUCCCAUCAGAAACCCUAAUCCCUUGACCUGGUCUCCUCCUCCGUCCGGCGGGUUUUGAACCCGUCCCCCAAAGCUCGCUGCAGAAACACAAACCCUUCCCCCUCCAACCCAAAAGUCAAUGAACUCCCAGCAGCUGCUCCGGAGGCUCUCCCUCCUCCUCGUGGUGGUGGGUGCGGUCGUCUUCUGCUCCCUCUCCGCCGUCCGAUCCGACCCAGGGUUCCCCUCUUCGGCUCUACGGCUGCCGUCAGAGAAGGACGAGAGCAAGGACAUCUGCUACGGGUCGCCCCAGCCCAUGUCGUGCCCGAUCAAUUGCUUCCGGACCGACCCCGUGUGCGGCUCCGACGGGGUGACGUACUGGUGCGGCUGCGCUGACGCGGCCUGUGCCGGAGUCCGCGUGGCGAAGCAAGGGUUCUGUGAGGUCGGGAAUGGCGGGUCGGGUCCGGUUUCGGGUCAGGCCCUGCUCCUCGUCCACAUCGUCUGGCUCAUUGUCCUCGGAUUCUCCGUCCUCUUUGGUAUCUUCUGACCCUUCUUCCCGAUCGAGGCUGGCUCAUGAUUGUAGAGAAUUUCCCUCCGAGGUUUGGUCUCCUCACUACAAAACACCGCUGGGAAAUUUGGCUGGAGUUUUUUUUUUUCCUAUUUUUAGUUUUUUUUUUCAUCCGAAUUUGUGUACGUAAGAGAAGAUACUUCAUUCAGAUGUUGUGGCUUUGUUGAUUCUUUGUGGGUAAAUAUACACACACCAGUUCUUGACUUCGACUC